ACUUCUACUACUCUACUUUUCUUUCUUCUCUGCUUUCACUUCCUCUCUCUUCUUUACAUCUUCACACACAAACACAUAGAAGAAAAAAAAGAAAGAAAGAAAGAGAGAAAUGGGUGUGAGAGUGGUUUGUGUUUUCUUUUUAUAAUGAACAAAGGACCACACACCUUCUUCUUCACUGAAGAAGAUGGCUAUCCAUCAACAACAUAAUCAAAACGUUUCAUCUCUUCUUGAUUCUCUUUACUGUGAUGAAGAAAAAUGGGAAGAUGAAGAUAAUGAUAAUGAAGAACAAAGUGAUGUAACAACAACAACAACAACAAACAUUGCUGUUGUUCACUUGAACUCUACUUCUCUGUUUCCUCUGCUUUUCUUGGAACAACACUUGUUUUUUCAAGAUGAAGAACUUAACUCUCUUUUCACCAAAGAGAAAACUCAACAACAAUCUUAUGAGGAUCUGAUGAAAAAUGUGGAUUUUGACUCAACAAAAUCACUUAUUUCUCAGCCUCGUCGUGAAGCUGUUCAAUGGAUUCUUAAAGUCAAUGCUCAUUAUGGAUUCUCUGCUCUUACUGCAACACUUGCUGUUACUUAUUUUGAUAAGUUCCUUUUGAGUUUCCAUUUUCAAAAAGAGAAGCCAUGGAUGAUUCAGCUUGUUGCUGUUACUUGUAUCUCUUUAGCUGCUAAAGUUGAAGAAACUCAAGUUCCUCUUCUUUUAGACCUUCAAGUGCAAGACACUAAAUAUGUGUUUGAGGCAAAGACUAUUCAAAGAAUGGAGCUUUUGAUUCUUUCAACAUUGAAAUGGAAGAUGCAUCCAGUGACACCACUUUCUUUUCUAGAUCACAUUAUAAGAAGGCUUGGAUUGAAAACAAAUCUUCACUGGGAAUUUCUAAGGCGAUGUGAGAAUCUUAUUUUAUCUCUACUUUUAGAUUCAAGAUUUGUUGGUUGUCUUCCUUCUGUUUUGGCCACUGCUACAAUGCUGCAUGUUAUAGACCAGAUUGAACAGAGUGAUGAUGGUUUGGACUACAAAAAUCAGCUUCUUGGUGUUCUCAAAAUCAACAAGGAGAAAGUAGAUGAAUGUUAUAAUGAGAUUAUCCAAGUAACAAAUUGCAACAACCUUAGUAGUACUAAACGAAAGUAUGAUGAAAUCCCUGAUAGCCCAAGUGGCGUAAUUGAUGCUGUUUUUAGCUCUGAUGGUUCCAACGAUUCAUGGUCAGUGGGGUCAUCACUCUAUUCAACCUCAGAGCCUUUGUUAAAGAAGACCAAAACUCAAGGACAAAACAUGAAUUUGUCACCUCUUAAUAGUGUCAUUGUUGGAAUUCUUGCCACCUCUCCUUAAUACCCUCUCAAUUUUCUAUGUCCUUCUAAAAAAAACAAAUAACCAUAAAAAAAAAAUCCAAAAAAUGGAUUCGGCUCCUCUUCAGUCAUUUUUCUUUUUGUAUUUAUGCAUUUGGAAUGACCACUAAUGUCUUCAAAUGUGUGAAUGCAGAAUCCUUUGAUUGUAGUUAAUCCGAAUUCCAAAAAGAUAUAUUAUCUACUAUGGUUAUUAAUUUUUCCAUUCCAUGCAUGUUGCUACUAAACUCUAGUUAGUUUAGUGUUGCCUUCCUUUCUAUUCUAUCUCUUCAUUUCCAACAAUGUCCUAAAGUUCAUUUACAUGAAUCUCUUGAAGAGGCACAACACAAGGCAAGAUGAUUUACAUGAUGAAAGGGGAAUGGUUAUUUCUGAUGGAAGAGGAAAGGACAAAGUUGGCAAUGAAGAUUAAUAUUACUAUGUCUAAGAGGAAGCAAGCACCUAUGAUAUGUUUUCAAUUGAGACACUUUCUUAAUAUUCAAUGGAUCUCUUUUAGACCAUACCAAAUUUGGACAUAUUUAUAUCAUAUUUCUAUAAUAAAUUGGGAAUAAUUUUUGUUCAUA